AUGGGCACCCCGCUGGGUGUGCAAGGCUGUUUGCUCGAGUGCUGUGCCAGAUGUCUCAUCGGGGCACCCUUUGCUUCACUGGUUGCUACUGGCUUGUGCUUCUUCGGGGUAGCGCUGUUUUGUGGCUGUGGGCACGAAGCCCUCACAGGCACCGAGCAGCUCAUUGAGACCUACUUCUCCAAAAACUACCAGGACUAUGAGUAUCUCAUCGACGUCAUCCACGCUUUUCAGUACGUCAUCUAUGGCACGGCCUCCUUCUUCUUCCUCUACGGAGCCCUGCUGCUGGCCGAAGGCUUCUACACCACCGGCGCCGUCCGGCAAAUCUUUGGGGACUACAAGACCACCAUCUGCGGCAAGGGCCUCAGCGCAACGUUUGUGGGCAUUACCUACGUCCUGACCAUCAUCUGGCUUCUGGUCUUCGCCUGCUCCGCGGUGCCCGUCUACAUCUACUUUAACACUUGGACCACCUGCCAGUCCAUUGCCAACCCAAGCAAGACCUCGGCCAGCAUCGGCACCCUGUGUGCGGAUGCCAGGAUGUAUGGCGUCCUGCCCUGGAAUGCUUUUCCCGGCAAGGUGUGUGGCUCCAACCUGCUCUCCAUCUGCAAGACUAGCGAGUUCCAGAUGACUUUCCACCUCUUCAUUGCGGCCUUCGUGGGGGCAGCCGCCACACUGGUCUCACUGCUCACCUUUAUGAUCGCCGCCACCUACAACUUUGCCGUCCUCAAGCUGAUGGGCCGAGGCACCAAGUUCUAG